AAAGGAAAGAAUCCAUCACACACCGACUAGGAAGGACUGCGGUGCUGGAAGAGAGGGGUUCAACUUUUCACUGAGGAAGUGUAAUAAUUAAACAGCAUUAUUUUUAAGAACAGAUUAAUAACAUCACACUCUGAGAUAGACUUGUCGACUGUGCAGAUCGGAUUUCUUUUUAAAAGAAGGAUCGGGGAUUCUUUGUAGAAUAUUUGAUGAAAUGGAAGACUGAUCGUUUUUGAUCUAUCAGAUUUUGAUUUCAAUAUCUUCAACUCAGUUAGUGAAUUUGUAACAGAGACUGCACACUGGCGCCCAGGUCUUUCUGUGGUUUCUAAGCAGUGACUUUUGGGGCUAUGAUUUCCAGAGAUCGGUGAGUUCUAUUGCAUCGUGUGGCCUCGGCCCUGGGCGUCUGCCGACUCAGACUCUGGAUCUCAGUUUGUAGAAGAAAUCAAAGCAAUCUGACGAUGUCGUCCCGGCGCUGUGCAGGAGCCUUGGGUUCGGGUGUUGGCUCGGCUCUACUAGGGGUAGAAACACCUAUGGGCGGCGAACCCACCAGAGAGCUCUUCGAGGCCUGCAGAAACGGGGACCUGGAGCGAGUGAAGAAGCUAAUAAACCCAGAGAACGUGAACAGCAGGGACACGGCUGGCAGGAAAUCUACACCGCUGCACUUCGCUGCAGGAUUUGGCCGGAAGGACGUGGUUGAUUAUCUCCUUCAGAAUGGUGCUAAUGUCCACGCUUGCGAUGACGGAGGCCUGAUUUCUCUUCACAAUGCCUGUUCCUUUGGUCACGCUGAAGUUGUCAAUCUCCUGUUGCGGCAUGGAGCCGACCCCAAUUCAAGAGACAACUGGAACUACACACCCCUCCAUGAGGCUGCCAUCAAGGGCAAGAUUGAUGUGUGCAUAGUCCUUCUGCAGCAUGGGGCUGAUCCAACAAUUCGCAACACAGAUGGAAAGACUUCCUUUGACCUGGCAGACCCAUCUGCUAAAUCAGUCCUGACUGGUGAAUACAAGAAAGAUGAGUUACUUGAAAGCGCAAGAAAUGGAAAUGAAGAAAAAAUGAUGGCUCUUCUUACACCAUUAAAUGUGAAUUGCCAUGCUAGUGAUGGAAGAAAGUCGACGCCGUUACAUCUCGCUGCAGGAUACAACAGGGUUAAAAUUGUACAGCUGUUGCUGCAACAUGGAGCUGAUGUGCAAGCCAAGGAUAAAGGGGAUUUAGUGCCUCUUCACAAUGCCUGUUCGUACGGACAUUACGAAGUGACUGAACUGUUAGUAAAGCAUGGUGCUUGUGUAAAUGCAGUUGAUCUUUGGCAGUUCACAUCACUGCAUGAGGCAGCCUCCAAGAAUAGGGUAGAAGUGUGCUCCCUGUUGCUAAGUUAUGGUGCUGAUCCAACUCUCUUAAACUGCCACAAUAAGAGUGCCCUUGAUUUGGCACCUACAGCCCAGUUAAAGGAACGCUUGGCAUAUGAGUUCAAAGGUCACACGUUAUUGCAGGCUUCAAGGGAAACAGAUGUUCCACGUAUCAAGAAACACCUUACCUUGGAUAUAGUGAAUUUCAAACACCCUCAGACGCACGAAACAGCACUGCACUGUGCAGCCUCUUCUCCCUAUCCCAAGAGAAAGCAGGUGUGUGAGUUACUGCUGAGGAAAGGAGCCAAUGUGAAUGAGAAGACAAAAGAUUUCUUAACACCACUUCAUAUGGCAUCUGAAAAAUCUCAUAAUGAUGUUGUCGAGGUACUUGUAAAGCAUGAAGCAAAAGUCAAUGCCUUGGAUCACCUUGGACAGACUGCUCUGCAUAGGGCCGCCCACUGUGGCCAUCUCCAGACCAUCCGCUUGCUACUCAGUGCAGGCUGUGAUCCCUUAAUAGUGUCCCUGCAAGGCUUUUCAGCUUCCCAAAUGGGCAAUGAAAAUGUGCAGCAAGUACUGCAAGAAGGAGUGCUAAUUGGAAACUCUGACAGCGAUCGGCAGUUGCUUGAAGCUGCAAAAUCUGGAGAUUCAGAAGUCGUUAAGAAACUUUGCACCCUCCAGAAUGUUAACUGCAGAGACAUCGAGGGACGGCUUUCCACACCUCUCCACUUCGCUGCAGGCUACAACAGAGUUGCCGUGGUUGAGUACUUACUGCAGCAUGGUGCAGACGUGCACGCAAAAGAUAAGGGUGGUCUGGUUCCAUUGCACAAUGCGUGCUCCUAUGGGCACUAUGAAGUAGCAGAGCUGCUGGUGACACACGGGGCUGUAGUCAACGUGGCUGAUUUGUGGAGGUUCACCCCUCUGCAUGAGGCUGCAGCCAAAGGAAAAUAUGAGAUCUGCAAGCUGUUGCUUCAGCAUGGGGCUGACCCUAUCAAAAAGAACAGAGACGGGAACACCCCUCUGGACUUGGUGAAGGAUGGGGAUACGGACAUCCAGGACCUUCUUAGAGGUGAUGCCGCUUUAUUGGACGCUGCAAAGAUGGGCUGUUUAGCCAGGGUUAAGAAGCUCUGUAGCCCUGAAAAUGUCAAUUGCAGAGAUACACAAGGCAGGCAUUCAACACCAUUGCAUUUGGCAGCUGGGUAUAACAAUCUAGAGGUGGCUGAGUACCUGCUGCAGCACGGAGCUGAAGUCAACUCCCAGGACAAGGGAGGCCUCAUCCCAUUGCAUAACGCAGCUUCUUAUGGGCAUGUGGAUGUGGCAGCUUUGCUGAUCAAGUACAACGCAUGUGUGAAUGCCACAGAUACAUGGGCCUUCACCCCCCUACACGAGGCAGCCCAGAAAGGCAAGACCCAGCUGUGUGCCCUCCUGUUAGCACACGGGGCCGAUGCGUCUCUGACAAACCAGGAGGGGCAGUCACCGCUGGAUCUUGUGACGACGGACGAUGCCAGAGCUUUGUUAACAGCAGCCAUGCCUCCUUCAGCCCUGCCAUCCUGCUACAAGCCCCAGGUUAUCAGUGUGGCUGCAACAUCAGCCGCGCCGGUCUCUGCCCUCGCCUCUAUUCCAUCCAGCCCUGCCACCCUGUCUGCAGCCAGCAGCCUGGAUAACCUGUCCAUGGGCUUCCCCGAGCUACCUAUCCUGAUAGGGAGCAGUGGGGCAGAGGGCACUGUGAGGCCAGACAAGAAAGAACAGGUUACUGUGGUAGACAUGAAUAUCAAACAGUUUUUGAAGAACCUUUCUCUUGAGCAUCUUUUAGAAAUCUUUGAAAGAGAGCAGAUCACUCUGGAUGUAUUGGUUGAAAUGGGCCACCAAGAAUUGAAAGAAAUUGGAAUCAAUGCUUACGGACAUCGGCAUAAAAUCAUCAAAGGAGUCGAAAGGCUAAUAGCUGUACAACAAGGUUUGAACCCAUAUCUAACACUGAACACUGCAAACAGUGGGACAAUCCUUAUAGACCUUGCACGUGAUGACAAAGAGUUCCAGUCUGUGGAAGAGGAGUUGCAGAGCACAAUACGAGAACACAGAGACGGGGGCCACGCGGGGGGAGUUUUCAACAGAUACAACAUCAUAAAGAUACAAAAAGUUUGCAAUAAAAAGCUAUGGGAGAGGUAUACUCACCGCAGGAAGGAAGUUUCUGAGGAAAGUCCAAUCCAUUCUAAUGAAAGGAUGCUGUUCCAUGGCUCUCCAUUCGUGAAUGCAAUUAUCCAUAAGGGUUUUGAUGAAAGGCAUGCAUACAUUGGAGGGAUGUUUGGAGCUGGAAUAUAUUUUGCAGAAAACUCAUCCAAAAGCAAUCAGUAUGUGUAUGGAAUUGGGGGAGGCACUGGGUGCCCAGUACACAAGGAUAGGUCUUGCUAUAUUUGCCAGAGGCAUUUGCUGUUCUGUCGUGUAACCCUGGGAAAGUCAUUCCUGCAGUUCAGCGCAAUGAAAAUGGCUCACUCCCCGCCAGGGCACCACUCAGUUACUGGCAGACCCAGUGUCAAUGGACUGGCUUUGGCAGAGUAUGUUAUUUACAGAGGAGAGCAGGCUUAUCCAGAAUAUAUAAUAGCAUAUCAAAUUAUAAAGCCAGAGCCAGCAGCUGAAGGAUAAAGAAAGAGAGACUACAAGGAUUUCUACGUGGCAACAGAAUUGACCCAAACCAUUCUUAUUUGAGUGUUUACAAAUGUCAAGUAUGCAAGCCUGGUUGAAGACUUUAAGAAUGUGACAAGCAUAAACAGCUAACACCUUGCAUGAGAAAUCUUUAUACAAUGUAUAAAAUAACUUUUUUCUUCUCAAAUGCUUGUUUUGAGUUUCAGCACUUUAAUAACUGACACCAUUCCUUUAACAAAAAAAACAAAACAAAGUGUAUUGAUUUUCCUGGAUCAAAGAAGAUUUGCCCAAGGACAAUUUGAAUCUCUGGUAUGAGUAAACUGUACAGUUUCUAUGGUGACCCAGUAGUGAUCAUGGAACGCACUUGAUUCUGGUACCCAGUCAUGCACCCAGCACAGCAUAACGGUGUACUAUUUUUUUUGUUUGUUUGUAAAAUGGUUGUAAAUAAGAGUUUUCUACUAGCAUGGUAACUUAUUUACACUGCUUUUUUUCUGUCUCAGAACUAACCAACUUACAAAAAGCUUUCAAGAUAACAUCUGAUAAAAAUAAGGUAGAUUUGCUUUCAUACCUACAUACACAACCGGUACUAAACUAUUUCAGCCUUUCUACCUAUUGGACUGGCCUCACUAUAUUGUUCAUUUUAUGUUUACCUUUUUCAGCCAUAGCUUUGACAACUGGUUAACUGAGAGCAUAAACCCCAAACGACCCUUAUCAUCCAUCUUAAUUAAUGUAAAAAAAAAAAAAAAACUUCUAAUGCAGUUGGUUCAAAUGACAUUUGAAUUAAUGUUAUUUAAAAUAUCAAUAACAUUAAAUAAUGUUAUUGAUAUUUUCUAGUCACCUGAGUAAGCUGCGUCUAUUUGUUUUCAUAUUACCUGCUCAGACCCUGGUUGCUGGAAUUUGCCGCCUAUCUCAGCUUCCCUAUUCUGGAAACUAACGCACAAGACUACCCUAUUCCAGUAGCUGGAGUAAGGAAAUAUCAUUAAAAUGGCAGUUAUUUGGAUAACCGCAGUUGGACUGACUUAAUUGCAAAAAUCAAAAAAAGAUGUAAAAUGAGCUUUAAAGGUAAUUGCUAUUUAACACUGUUGUAAAGCAUGGAAACUGCUUUGCGAUGGAAUCACUUCUUCAAUUUAUUCAUCCUGUGGACAAGGAAUACAACUUCUACUUUUUCAAGAACAUUACACUUUUCACACAGAUCCUCCCCCCCCCCCAAUAGGACUGCAGUUAUAUUGAUAGUGAGCCUGCAUAGUGAAAAAAAUCAGUUUGUACCCCAGGGUUUUUUCAAAUUCAGAAUCAAAAUUUGACACUUCAUGUUUUACUGAUACUCAAUUAGGAAAGAGUUUUGACAGUAUGCAUUGCGUUCUUAUUCUGUGUGGAUGAGAAACAAAAAUAUUUUUAAUUGACCAGAGUGUGGAGGGGAAAUGUACAUACUAUACUGCCUGGCAGAUGAUAUGCAUUAUGUAAGGUGUUAGCAUGACACAGUAUUAAAAAUGUAUGGUACCAUAGAAUCAUUUAUGAACUGGUGGUUUGCAUGUUUUCUUUUACUGGUUGUCAAUUUUGUGGCAUUGGAAACAACAGUAUUUAUGGAGUUAGAAGUUUUAUAAUCAUUGCACAAGCCGCCGGGUGAGAGGGAAAUGUGUAACACAUUCAAUAACUGAAUAAAAUCAUUGUAUCACUA